AUGACAACUCAAGGGUCGGUUCUCUUUGUCGAUGCCUACGACUCAUUCGCCGAGAACAUAGCUGCUCUUCUUCAUGAGCAGCUCCAGGCUCAUGUUACUCUGGUGAGGAUCGACUGUGAUAUUCCAACUCAGUACAACCAGUCUCCACGGGAAUUCUUCGCCAGUUUCGAUGCCAUAGUCCUCGGUCCUGGUCCUGGAAACCCGUACAAUGAAUCUGAUGUUGGCCUGUACAGGAGAGUUUGGGCCUGUGCUUCAGAGUACAACAUUCCGGUGUUGGGGAUCUGCCUAGGUUUUCAAAGUCUAUGCGUGCAGAAUGGAGUCCCUGUCGUGCGUCGAGAUUUGCCGUGUCAUGGUCAUGCUAAGGAGAUAUGCCACACUGACAGCGACGUAUUCUGUCAGUCGGGGAGCAUCAUUGCCACGAAUUAUAACAGCCUGGGCGUUCGAGUGAGCGAUCUCAAGCGGGACCGGACACCAAGUCGUCCGAGUUCAUCUGCCUCCAGCGAGAGCAUAUCAUCUCUCCGAAGUCUGCCGUCUACUGGAUCAGGCCCUUCUGAACCUGCGAGUGAACCAUCACGAUACCAGUCCCGCAACAAUCUCGAAGUUCUGGCCUGGGAUAAAGAUGAUUGGGUUAUGGCAGUCAGGCACAAGUUCCUGCCAUUCCACGGCUUCCAAUUCCACCCCGAAUCAUGCAAAUCUAGUCUCACUUGCCACACGAUCAUCAAACAGUGGUGGGAUGCUACGAGAAAACACAACGCAGCCUAUCGAGAUUUUGUCUCUGUGACCCGGGCGGCUCCCCCCAAACUCGCGACAGUGGACCGUAGAGAGAGUGCGGUAUUGAUUAGAGAGUUGAAUUCUCUUUCAAAGUCGUGCGAUGGCACCGCCGCCCAGAGAGCUCGACAUCUACCGCUCGGGAAUCGGGCCAUUGCAAGUCUGUGCCACCAGAGAUCUCUGCCCAACGCUACUGUGAUGCUGGAGUCGACAAAAAGGGGUCGGUAUAGCAUAUACGCUUUCCCUGACGAAUGCAGUUUUCACUUGCAAUAUAACGGAGGUUGCGCUACACUCAAAAAAGGGUCUGGCCCUCCUGCUAAUUUCACACUCGAUCGUGAACAAGUGGUGGAUUGUCUGGAAUCUUUCCUGUCUAGCAAAUCCUUUCAACAUGGUGGCACGUCUGAAGUCCCAUUCAAAGGCGGUUUCAUGGGUUUUCUAUCCUACGAAUUCGGAACGGCGUCAUUGCAUCUUGAUGUGCCAGAGCAUACCCGACCACCAGUUUCGACGCCGGAAAUCAGCCUCCUUUGGGUGGAGCGCAGUAUUGUCUUCGAUCAUUACACCGGAAUGGCUUACGUACAGUCGAUAAGGGCUAAUGACGACUCUUGGGUCGAUGGAAUGGUCAAUGAGCUGAGCACCACACCUGUGUCCGAUGCCACAGUGGUUUGGGACCCAUCGAAAAAUGGCACAUUGCGCCAAGUGUUGUCUUCGACACAUUUUACCCUCCCCGACCAUGAUACAUAUAUUUCGCGGAUCCGCGCAUGUCAGUCUGAGCUUCUCGCAGGCAACUCCUACGAACUAUGUCUCACCACUGAAGCUACUGUCACGACGCCUGCUCACCCGGACGCUUCUUGGCUGCUCUACAACAACAUUCAACAAUAUAACCCUGUUCCCUUCGCCUCUUUCAUCCGCCUCAACAACACCACAAUUCUCUCCUCUUCACCGGAACAAUUUCUCUCCUGGUCUGCCAAAGAUGGCGCUAUCGACAUGAUUCCCAUGAAAGGAACUGUCAAGAAGACUCCAGAAAUGACCCGCUCCAAAGCCGUCGCAAUCUUGUCCUCGGCCAAGGAGAGUGCCGAGAAUUUGAUGAUUGCGGACCUCAUCCGCCAUGAUCUAUACAGCACCGUGGGCCGCGACGCGAAAGUUGAGGUCGUUAAAUUAUGCGACGUCGUCGAGUCCGAAACGGUCUUUUCGCUGGUCUCGCAUAUUCGUGCUCACGUUCCGGUAUCUGCUGAGACCGAUCGGACGUCCGAUGAACAUGCAAAGGAGAUGACAAGAUACGGUGUGAGAGCAUUGACACGCACGCUUCCUCCCGGAAGCAUGACGGGUGCCCCGAAGAAGCGGUCUUGCGAGAUUCUCCAUGGCUUGGAGCAGCGAGAGCGUGGCGUGUAUUCGGGAGCCAUCGGGUAUAUGGACGUCGGCGGCAAUGGCGCUUGGUCGGUGUGUAUACGCACAGCCUUCUCGAAUGACGACGAGAAGGAAAAGGACGACACUGCUGGCGAGGACCUGCAGAAGUGGCGAAUCGGCGCUGGGGGAGCGAUUACCGUGCUCAGCGAUGAGGAGCAGGAAUGGGAAGAAAUGAUGACCAAAUUGGAUAGUGUUCUCCGAGGGUUUCACGUGGGUUGA